AUAGUGCCAAGUGUAAUGUUGAUAGCGAUAUAUAUCAAUGAGUCAUUGGUUAAAAAAAAAAAAAGAAGGAAGAAAAAGAGGGAAGUGGGAGAGAAGAGGGAGGAAAAAAAAAAACACAGCAACCAUGGGAGAGAAAGGAACCGUGUGGAUCAAGUUCUAUCUACGUCCCUGAUUGUUGAUGUAUUGAUCGCCGAUCGCACAAACCUUAAUAAAUUGAUAAGGGAGAAUUUGAGAGCUGUAAAGAAGGAGUAUGCUAAAACAGAAGAUGAUCUGAAGUCCCUUCAAAGUGUUGGACAGAUUAUAGGUGAAGUGCUGAGACCACUGGACAAUGAACGCUUGAUAGUCAAAGCAAGUAGUGGCCCUAGAUAUGUGGUAGGUUGCCGCAGCAAGGUGGACAAGGAAAAACUUACAGCAGGCACUAGGGUGGUUCUCGAUAUGACAACCCUCACAAUAAUGCGAGCUCUACCUCGUGAGGUGGAUCCAGUUGUCUAUAAUAUGCUUCAUGAAGAUCCAGGAAAUGUUAGUUAUUCUGCUGUUGGUGGUUUGUCAGAUCAAAUCCGAGAAUUGAGAGAAUCUAUAGAAUUACCUCUAAUGAAUCCUGAACUCUUCAUCAGGGUUGGCAUCAAACCACCGAAGGGUGUACUUCUCUAUGGGCCUCCUGGAACUGGCAAGACAUUGUUGGCCAGAGCUAUUGCCAGUAACAUAGAUGCGAAUUUCUUAAAGGUUGUAUCAAGUGCAAUUAUUGACAAAUAUAUAGGUGAAAGUGCAAGGUUGAUCAGGGAAAUGUUUAAUUAUGCUCGUGAUCACCAACCUUGCAUCAUAUUUAUGGAUGAGAUCGAUGCCAUUGGUGGUCGUCGUUUUAGUGAAGGAACAAGUGCCGAUCGUGAAAUUCAAAGGACUCUGAUGGAGUUACUAAACCAGCUUGAUGGGUUUGACCAGCUCGGAAAGGUUAAAAUGAUAAUGGCUACAAAUAGGCCUGAUGUUCUGGACCCUGCACUUCUUCGUCCUGGAAGAUUAGAUAGGAAAAUAGAAAUCCCAUUGCCAAAUGAGCAGUCACGAAUGGAAAUUCUCAAAAUUCAUGCUUCUGGAAUAGCCAAGCAUGGAGAAAUUGAUUAUGAAGCCGUUGUCAAACUUGCUGAGGGUUUCAAUGGAGCUGAUCUUCGGAAUAUUUGUACGGAAGCUGGUAUGUCAGCAAUUCGUGCAGAGCGUGAUUACGUCAUCCAUGAAGACUUCAUGAAGGCUGUGAGAAAACUAAAUGAAGCUAAGAAGCUAGAAUCAAGCGCACAUUACAGUACUGAUUUUGGCAAGGAGUAGAAGCCGUGUCCUCUCUUGGUAGCAAUGCAGUUAGCAGUCGGUAUGGCGACUUAUUCUCCUUCUGGAAGAUCUUUCUUAUGAGCUACACGUUUCAAAGCAUGAUUUAUUCAUCACUGCAUCUUUGUAUUGUUUUUUACUUCCCAGCUAUCAAAUUUCAUAUUUCGAACCUUCUUAUAAUCCAUUUGAUUAUGAUGUUGGACUUUACAUCAUGUGUACAAAACGCGCACAUCUGUGUGUAGAUUUUGUAUGCAUGUAGAAAGUUGAAUGGUAAUGAAGCUCAUCGGUUGUAGGAUGGAAUCUGCGGUCUGCAAAUAUUGAACACAUAGCAAGUGUGUCUUUGUCUUGCUUCAAACUGCUGAACUUGUAUGCUUGCUGAACUAUAUCCCCAUUUUGUCUCAAGAUAAUGUAUUGAAAUUAAGAUAUUCCACAAUAAUGUUAUGUUAAUGUUUCAUCA